UGCUGUUGUUUUCCUCUUACCUAACGACUCCGCCGCCGGCUCUCGCCGCUGCCCGCCUCCCGCCCGGGCUCCCUCCGCAGGCUCGCCCCUCGGGUCCCGGGAGCCGGCGACGGUUUCCCGAGCUGCCCCGGCCGCUGCUCCUCGUCCCUGAGCCCGACCCUUCGCCGGUCCCGCUCCACGCGGCUGCUGAGGUCUGCGGGCACGGCUGUCUCCGUCUGGGCCGGAGCACAUAGCACAGGACCAUACAAUUUCUGCGCCUGGAGCCUUGCCGUGGCUGUGAAGACGCACCAGGACUGGUUGCUUCUGGCCCGCAUGAGGAGUCUGGACAGAGCGGAAUGAAGGCCCCUCAGAGAAGAAACACUCCCAUAGCAGGAACUCCGAUCCUCAAGGACUGCGUUUGGCCUGAUAGGAGAAGCACGUUGUGACAGAGGAAGGCCCAGAGGGUGGGCCAUCAGAAGUGAAGAAGUAGCUCCUGAGGAACUUCUCUGAGAGCCUCUCUGUCCCGUGCACUGACCCAAAUGGAAACCAGCUUUGGUUUGGAACGAAGCUAAAGAUGCUGAAAAUGUGGCUAGAUACUGCUCAACCCUUGUCCUACUGAUGGCUGGAAAGAAAACGGCUUCUACAACUAGCCGGAGUCUUUCUGCUCAACGAACGCGGGGCGCCAGGCGUGAGAAGAGAAGCUCGGGUUGGUGGAAACCUGUACUGUGGUCCCCGGAAGCCGGUCAGCACGGAGCUGGGCGCGGUGGGGGCCGCCCUGGGUCCGGGAGCACACGGCGCGCUUUGGAGAGGGAGCGGCGGCAUGGAAGCUCUCACCACUCAGCUGGGGCCGGGUCGCGAGGGCAGCUCCUCGCCCAACUCCAAACAAGAGCUGCAGCCCUAUUCAGGUUCCAGCGCCCUCAAACCCAACCAGGUGGGCGAGACAUCGCUGUACGGGGUCCCUAUCGUGUCGCUGGUCAUCGACGGCCAGGAGCGCCUGUGCCUGGCGCAGAUCUCCAACACCCUCCUCAAGAACUACAGCUACAAUGAGAUCCACAACCGCCGCGUGGCCCUGGGCAUCACGUGCGUGCAGUGCACGCCGGUGCAGCUGGAGAUCCUGCGCCGGGCCGGGGCCAUGCCCAUCUCCUCGCGCCGCUGCGGUAUGAUCACCAAGCGCGAGGCCGAACGGUUGUGCAAAUCCUUCCUGGGCGAGCACAAGCCUCCCAAGCUGCCUGAGAACUUCGCCUUUGACGUGGUGCACGAGUGCGCGUGGGGCUCGCGCGGCAGCUUCAUCCCCGCGCGCUACAACAGCUCCCGGGCCAAGUGCAUCAAGUGCGGGUACUGCAGCAUGUACUUCUCGCCCAACAAGUUCAUCUUCCACUCGCACCGCACCCCCGACGCCAAGUACACCCAGCCCGACGCCGCCAACUUCAACUCGUGGCGCCGUCACCUCAAACUCAGCGACAAGUCGGCCACGGACGAACUGAGCCACGCUUGGGAGGACGUCAAGGCCAUGUUUAACGGCGGCACGCGCAAGCGGACCUUCUCGCUGCAAGGAGGCGGCGGAGGCGGCGCCAACGGCGGGUCAGGCGGGCAAGGGAAGGCUAACGCCGGGGGCGGCGGCCCAGGUUGUGGCGCCGAGAUGGCCCCAGGCCCACCGCCCCACAAAAGCCUGCGCUGUGGUGAAGACGAGGCUGCCGGGCCUCCGGGUCCACCUCCUCCCCACCCGCCGCGCGGACUGGGGCUGGCGACAGGAGCCGGCGGCCCGGCGGGCCCGGGAGGGCCUGGAGGCGGUGUGGGCGUGCGCAGCUACCCGGUGAUCCCGGUGCCCAGCAAAGGGUUUGGUCUCCUGCAAAAGCUGCCCCCGCCGCUCUUCCCGCACCCUUACGGGUUCCCCACGGCCUUCGGCCUGUGCCCCAAGAAGGACGACCCGGUGUUGGGCGCGGGGGAGCCCAAGAGCGGCCCUGGCGCUGCGAGCGGCGGCGGAGCCACGGGCACCGGAGCGGGUGGCCCGGGAGCUGGCCACUUGCCCCCGGGAGCAGGGGCGGGCCCUGGCGGCGGGGCCAUGUUCUGGGGACAUCAACCCUCCGGGGCAGCCAAGGACGCAGCGGCCGUGGCUGCAGCGGCAGCGGCCGCCACCGUGUACCCGACGUUCCCCAUGUUCUGGCCAGCCGCAGGCAGCCUCCCGGUGCCACCUUACCCGGCCGCACAGAGCCAGGCCAAGGCCGUGGCGGCCGCAGUAGCAGCGGCGGCGGCGGCGGCGGCCGCGCCGCCGCCCUUGGCCCCCCUGCAGCCCCCGCCGCCUCCGCCCGCGCGCAAAGGCUCCUACGUGUCGGCCUUCAGACCAGUGGUCAAGGACGCCGAGAGCAUCGCCAAGCUCUACGGCAGCGCCCGCGAGGCCUACGGCGCGGGGCCUGCUCCUCCUGCCCGUGCGCCCGGGCCCGGCACUGGGACUGGCGGCGGCUACGUGAGCCCGGACUUUCUGAGCGAGGGCAGCUCCAGCUACCAUUCCGCCUCGCCCGACGUGGACACUGCGGACGAGCCCGAGGUGGACGUGGAGUCCAACCGCUUCCCAGACGAGGAGGGCGCCCAGGACGAUGCUGAGCCCAGUGCGCCCAGCGCGGGAGGCGGCCCGGACUGUGACCAGUCCGCUGGGCCCCCGUCUGCCGCCUCCUCAGGCGGGGACGGUCCCACAGACUCUCCUGACGACGGCAGUCCCCGCUCGCGGCGUCGCCUCGGGCCACCCCCGGGUCGGUCGGCGUUCGGGGACGUGGCGGCCGACGAGGUGGUGCGGAGACCCGAAAGGAGUCCGCCCAGCGGCGGCUACGAGCUGCGAGAGCCUUGCGGGCCCCCCGGAGGCCCCGCGACGGCCAAGGUGUACGCGCCCGAGAGGGACGAGCACGCGAAGAGCGCGGCGGCGGCGGCGGCGGCGGCGACUUUGGGGCCCGCGGCCUCCUACCUCUGCGCCCACGAGGCCCACGAGCCGGAAAAGGAAGACAAUCACUCGACCGCCGAUGAUUUGGAAACGAGGAAAUCCUACUCAGACCAAAGGAGCAUCUCCCAGCCAAGUCCCGCGAAUACGGACCGAGGGGAAGACGGGCUCACCUUGGAUGUCACGGGAACUCAGCUGGUGGAGAAAGACAUUGAAAACCUGGCCAGAGAGGAACUGCAAAAACUGCUCCUGGAGCAAAUGGAGCUCCGCAAGAAGCUGGAACGAGAAUUUCAGAGCCUCAAAGAUAAUUUUCAGGAUCAAAUGAAGAGGGAAUUGGCUUAUCGAGAAGAAAUGGUGCAACAGCUGCAAAUUGUCAGAGACACCCUGUGUAACGAACUCGACCAGGAGCGGAAGGCACGCUAUGCCAUCCAGCAGAAAUUAAAAGAAGCCCACGACGCCCUGCACCACUUCUCCUGCAAGAUGCUGACGCCCCGCCACUGCACCGGCAACUGCUCCUUCAAGCCCCCGCUGUUGCCCUAGGGCCGGCCUGGCCGCGCCCGUGCGCCCUCAAGCCAUGCUGCUCCUUCUUGUAAAUACCCGCUGCGACGCCCGGGCCGGAGCAAGGAACAAGCCAUUCGGACCGACCGAUGUAAAUACAGCCCGCCCGCCCGCCUCCCGGGCUCCCCGGCCUGGCUGCCCUCCUCCCGGGCCUGGCUCGUUUCCAAGUGUAAAUACCGCGUUGCCCCGGGUUAAACUCCAGGGCCUCGGAACCCAAGGGGUUAACUGGACCCCCGGGAAAAGGGGGACAAAGAGGACCGCUCGGCGGCGCGCCCACCCCCACCAGCCUCGGUCCGAUCGUGAACACAGCGUAGCAACCCCCCUGCAGCGGCCGCCCCCUCCCUGUCCGCUUGUGAAACUCUUGCUCCUGAGGACAAAGUGGCUAAGUGCAAUGGAUGUAAAAGUACUGAGUCUCUUGGUUCGGUGUUCGUUCGCGUUCAUUGGUUUGUGAGCCUCAGUUAUUUUUUUCUUCUUCCGGGCCCCCUCCCCCUCCCGUUUGGAAGUUCCUUUUUUGCUUUGUCUACUUUUGUUGUUGUUGUUGUAACCUCUCGAUGUAACGGCACUUUAAAAGGGCGACAACUGACUCUGGAGAUGGCGACCACCUGGAGCCUGUUUGGGGGAGGCUACCCUGUACCCGUGACUUUGGUUUUUAAUAAAAGAAA